AUGCUGUCUUUCUUGAGCUGCCUUGUCUUCGCGCUGUGGACAGGGAACUCCGCCAGCCAGAGUUUGACGUCUUAUGUCAACCCAAUUCUUCCUGGAUGGCACUCUGACCCCAGUUGUAUUUACGUGGAGGAAUGGAACCAGACAUACUUCUGCACUACUUCUUCAUUCCUGGCCUUUCCCGGCGCCCCCUUAUACGCCUCCAAGGACUUAAUCAACUGGCAGCUGGCAAGCAAUGCCUACCAUCGGGAGGAUCAGGUCCCGGGGAUGCUUGAGUCUGCGGCUUGGGAACAAGAAGGCUUAUUCGCAAACACCCUGAGAGUCCGUGACGGCGUGAUGCACCUCAUCACGGCGUACGUCAGACUUAGUGCCCCAGAGCCCGAGUUCCUUCUCUUUUCGACAACGGACCCUUUUGAUACAGCAUCUUGGACCGGACCAGUGCGUAUUCAGAACCCAGCCAAAACGAUCGAUCCCGAUCUCUUCUGGGAUGAAGACGGAACACUGUACAUCUCCUCGUCUGGAAUCUACAUCCAGAGUGUCAACUUGACCACCGGCGAAGUUUCACAGCCAGUCAACGUCUGGAACGGAACGGGAGGAUCCAGCCCAGAGGGACCCCAUAUCUACAAGAAAGACAACUGGUACUACCUUCUCAUCGCAGAAGGAGGAACAGAGUUGAACCACGCAGUCACGAUUGCUCGUUCAAAGGACAUAUACGGACCAUACGAGAGCAACCCAAACAACCCCAUUCUUACGAAUCGCAACACAACAGAAUACUUCCAAACUGUUGGGCAUGCGGAUUUAUUCCAAGAUGCGGAAGGCAAUUGGUGGGCUACUGCAUUGUCGACUCGAAGUGGCCCCAAAUGGAAGAGCUACCCCAUGGGUAGAGAGACCGUCCUGGCACCAGCCGUUUGGGAAGAGGGGGAAUGGCCCGUCAUAAGUCCUAUCCGAGGAAACAUGUCCGGACCGUUGCCUCCUACAAACAGAGACGUCCCCGGCUCAGGGGCCUGGGUAGACCAGGGAGACGUAGUGGAUUUUGCUCCAGGGUCGGCCAUACCGAGUCACUUUGUCCACUGGAGGCCGCCACGGUCGUCAGACUAUGAGAUCUCUUCGCAAGAUGGCAAUCCUUCGUUGGCUCUGACGGCUUCGAAGACCAGUCUGAGCAUCUCGAAAUAUCCGAACUACGUUCCAACAGACGGACAAACCUUCAUUGGUCGACUUCAGUCGCACACAACUUUCAACUUCAGCAUAGACGUCACGGCCAGUCUGACAAGUCUGGACCAAGAAACCGGCCUUACUGUCUUCUUGACUGGCAAUCAACAUAUCGAUCUUGGAAUUGUGAUGCUGAGUCAAACCAAUAGCAGUUCCACGGCGACGCCUCAUGUCAGGCUUCAGACGGACAAUGCUGGCCCCCCGAACGUUACGGUUCCUGCACCCAAUGUUAUUCCAGUCCCAGAGUCUUGGAAAAACGGCACAAUUCGAUUGCGUGUCGAAUGUCCUCAAGGAGACACGUACCUAUUUUCAGCAAUCGGAGACCUAGGACAUGGAGAUAAACAGAAUGAUCAGGAGCAUUCUCUCGAGCUGGGUGAAGUCAGUGCCGAAGUCGUGAGCGGUGGAUCGGGACCUUUCACAGGUGUGCUCCUGGGCGCAUAUGCUACUACGAAUGGUGGCAAUGCGACUUUUAAGUCAUACAUCAGCCGCUGGAGAUAUGAUCCCGCAGGCCAAAAGAUAGAGUGA